AUGGCAAAUCCCGAAUCUAUAACAAGGCUUCCCGCCUUGAUGAUCUCCCUAGAAUUACUACGUGAACAAGUACCCAACAAGAUGUAUACAAGUCUGUUGAUAGGGACUCUCUGUGUCCUGACACUGCCUUGGGUGUCGGAAGCCAGCAUCAAUUCAACUUUCCAGAAUCCUAUACUCCCAGGUUUUCACCCUGAUCCUAGUUGCAUUCAUGUACCCGAGUGGGACGAGACCUUUUUUUGUGCAUCUUCCAGUUUCAAUGCGUUCCCGGGUAUACCUAUUCAUGCGUCAAAAGACUUGCAAAACUGGAAGCUGAUUGGGCAUGUUCUGAAUCGACAAGAACAAUUACCUCGCUUGGCGGAAACGAACCGGUCGACGAGUGGUAUAUGGGCACCGGCUUUGCGAUAUCACAAUGGCACCUUCUACCUCGUCACGACUCUAGUCGACGAUGAUCGAGCGGCGGAUGAUGCUUCGAGAUGGGAUAAUAUCAUAUUCCAAGCCAACGACCCAUAUGAUCCCCUCUCAUGGACAAACGCCGUCCGUUUUGACUUUGUCGGAUAUGAUACCUCGCCGUUUUGGGAUACCGACGGCAAAGUAUAUAUAACCGGGUCUCAUGCGUAUCAUGUAUUUCCAGGGAUCCAGCGAGCGGAGGCAAACCUGGAAACUGGUCAAGUUGGUGAAUGGAUCACAAUAUGGAACGGAACUGGUGGACUUGCUCCGGAAGGCCCGCAUAUCUAUUUAAAAGACGAAUGGUACUAUCUGCUUGUAGCUGAAGGGGGAACCGGACUCGGGCACAUGGUGACCAUGGCAAGAUCACGCUCCAUCAACGGCCCCUAUGAAGCCGAUCCAGCAAAUCCUGUAUUGACGGCAGCCAAUACUACAAGCUACUUUCAGACUGUUGGCCAUGCUGAUUUAUUCUCGGAUCAGAGCGGUAACUGGCAAGUGUGGGCGGUGGCACUGUCGACUCGAUCAGGUCCCAGCUGGAUCAACUUUCCCAUGGGACGAGAAACUGUCCUGACCAAUGUCACUUGGAAAGAAGGGGAAUUCCCAGUAUUCAGUCCAAUCAGCGGAGAGAUGAGCGGCUGGCAGCUUCCACCGGAAAAUCUAAAUGUAAAUGGUGAUGGCCCGUUUAUCAGCGAAGGAGACAUGAUUGACUUUGUACCCGGUUCAGAACUGCCCGCUCACUUUACAUACUGGCGUUUCCCCAUCUCGAUUUCGUAUCAGAUAUCUCCGCCGGGCCACGCAAACACCCUUCAGCUUCUCCCUUCAAGCCUCAAUCUCACGGCCCUGAAUGGGAAUUAUGCCGGUCCUUUGGGUCAGACGUUUGUGGGCAGGCGCCAGCAAGACACACUGUUUACGUACAGUGUAGACAUGGAAUUCUCACCCACAUUGUUGGAAUCAGAAGCUGGCGUAUCCGUAUUCCUAACGCAAAAUCACCACCUCGACCUCGGCAUUGCUAUGCUACCGGCGAAUAGCAGCACGGGGAUAUUCCCAGGGCCCAUCAAUGCCACAACCCUCCCAGAAGACCAGUCAGAGCCUAUCUUACAGCUCAGAUUCCGCGGCAUCUCUUACAUUACUGUUCCCGACCCAGUCAUUGUGCCCAUACCCGACGUCUGGCACAGCAAAAAGUUGAGACUGGAAAUUAAGGCCAGCAAUGCGACGCACUAUACGUUCUCGGCUGGUCCGGCCGGUGCCAGGUCGCAGAUGCAGACUCUGGUCGAGGCCUCGAAUGCGGCCGUCAGCUGGGGGUUUACAGGGGUGAUUUUGGGAGUAUUCUGUACUACGAAUGGACAUGAAGGAGAUGCCCCUGCUUACGUCUCGAAAUGGACAUAUACUCCACAAGGUCAAUUCAGAGAUUAA